AGCUGGCCGGACAACCACCAACGAAGAGCUCGAAGACAUGCUGGAGAGCGGCAAACUGGCUAUUUUCACUGAUGAUAUCAAAAUGGACUCACAGAUGACGAAACAAGCUCUGAACGAGAUUGAGACCCGACAUAAUGAGAUCAUCAAACUGGAAACCAGUAUCCGUGAGCUGCAUGACAUGUUUGUGGACAUGGCUAUGUUGGUGGAGAGCCAGGGAGAGAUGAUCGACCGCAUUGAGUACAACGUGGAGCACUCCGUUGACUACGUGGAAAGAGCUGUGUCCGACACCAAGAAAGCUGUAAAAUACCAGAGCAAGGCUCGGAGGGUAAAUAAAUAAGAACAGCUGGGGUCACUCGGCCGUCGCUCCAUUGGGGGUCAGUGGGGCCAGAUCCCCAGAAGGUGUCACUCAGCCGUCACUCCAUUGGGGGUCAGUGGGGCCAGAUCCCCAGAAGGUGUCACUCAGCCGUCACUCCAUUGGGAGUCACUGGGGCCAGAUCCCCAGCUGGGGUCACUCAGCUGUAGCUCCAUU